GAAUAAGGCCCACACACGUAAAAUAUAUUCCAUUAUCUUUUUUAGAGAAACAAGGUUGCACUUGCAUUUCCCCAGCUCUGACUGUAGGUUCCAUGAGCUUCCUACAGACUAGUCCCAGUGAGUCACGGUCGCAUACUGGUCUGAUUGUUCUUUCCUCAGCAACUGGAUGGAUGGAUGGUACAGGCAGCUGGCAUGAAGUUGCCGAACAUCUAUUGCAUCGCUUGUGACGAGAACAACCCCAUCAUUGUGCGCAGGAAAUUGGAUUUCCUACUUCUUCAGAAAAAUCUCCAAAUGAAAUAUGCAUAACUGGAUAUAUUCAAUAUUGUAGCACGGCCACGGUAUUCUUUUUUUAAUAUGAUGCCUCAUGCCUUUGUAUGUGGACUUCCUUGAGGCAUCUGCUUAGCCCUUGGGACAAGCAGGAUGCCAGGCCGCUCCAGCAGGGUUCAUCUUAUUUUCUGACCAAAUUGCUUUAUUGCAAAAUUGUUAUUACAGAUUAGGACACUGUCAAAAACUGAAAAUGCUUGAAAAGCAAAUCCAUCUUUUUCUCAGCCUAUAAAUGCAAGGCUGAAUACUAGAUGGCCCCGAGUCGACUGAAAUAACAGUGUGCUGAGCAGAUAUAAAAGGGAAAAAGAGGCGGGUGGACCAAGGGUAGAAAGUGUUGUAUAUGGCUAUAAUUUAGAUCUGUUGAAAGAGCGGGUUGUCCAACGUUGAGGGAAACCUGUACAUUUAUUUCUGAAUAUAGUGACUAAUAUUCAAAAUCCAAAACACUUCUUUUAUUUUCCUAUACAUUCAAUACUGCAUCCUAUGUUAUUGUUGUUGUUGUUAAUGAUAGGAGAGCAUUUCAGUGAUUAUCUUGGAAAUCAUUCGUCCCCCUUCCCCCUUUACGGUGCAAAGUUUGGACUAGACACAGAAGUGACUAUUAGUUUUAUUAGUUUUAUUCUGUCACUAGGGAACCAAUCAACUCUUUGGUGUAGAAGUAAAGGGUUAUGUCAGACAUGUUGUCAGGUUGCUUCUGGCCUUGAUUGUGAUGCAACCGUGAGACAAGUCGCGCUGCAAUGGGUCCAGGCCUCUCAAGGCUAUCCUUUCAAAGAGGAAGGAACCAAUGACUGGCAGUCAGCCUAUCCUUUCAAUAUGAGAAGCAUCAGCACCCUGGGAAUUGCAGUGGGGAUCAUGUUCCUCCUUCUACUGAUUGCUAUGAUUAUUAUGCUCAGGACGGAGGCCCCAAUAAAGCUCUGUAAAAGUCUGGGGAUGCUAGUGAGUCGUACCUCUCUAACAAAAGAACCGUCACCACCCCAAACUGCUUUUGAGGAAAGCGAUAAAGAGCCAGAUCAAGCUUGGAAGGAAAACUGUACUCCUAGUAGUAGUUCUCCUUCGAUGGAAGAGAGUGGUUCUGAACAUGGCCCUUCGGAGGAGGAAGAGAAAGAGGAGCAGAAGGAGAAGGAAGAAAACUUGAAUACAAAUGAUAGCGGAGCAUCUAGAUGGAUGUCUUGUAGCUUGCUGCCCAAUCCUGCCGCGGCUGCACACAUCGCAGCGCCUCUACAUGAUCCCAUGACUCUUGAUAUGGACGCUGUCCUGUCAGACUUUGUUCGGUCCACGGGGGCAGAACCAGGUCUGGCAAGAGACUUGCUGGAAGGGAAAAACUGGGAUUUGACUGCCGCUCUCAGUGACUAUGAGCAGCUUAGACAGGUCCAUACGGCCAACCUACCCCAGGUCUUCAAUGAAGGAAAGUAUCCCAAGCAGCAGCAAGACAGAGAGCCUUCCCAACCGGUGAACAAGAGCGAGCGGCCGUCUCUGCAAAGACAGGAUGACAUUGCGCAAGAAAAGAGGCUCUCCAGAGGGAUUUCUCACGCCAGCUCAGCAAUAGUUUCCCUUGCCCGGUCCCACAUGGCCAGCGAAUGCAACAAUGAACACUCCCCCCUGGAAAUGCCCAUCUACACAUUCCAGCUCCCCGACCUGAGCGUUUACAGCGAGGACUUCCGGAGCUUCAUCGAAAGGGAUUUGAUUGAGCAGGCGACCAUGAUUGCUCUGGAACAAGCUGGUCGUCUGAACUGGUGGUCUACUGUAUGUACGAGUUGUAAACGGCUGCUCCCAUUGGCAACUACGGGUGACGGAAACUGCCUAUUACAUGCUGCUUCUUUAGGAAUGUGGGGUUUUCACGACAGGGACCUUGUGCUACGGAAAGCCCUCUACACCAUGAUGCGCAGCGGGGCCGAAAGGGAAGCGCUGAAGAGAAGGUGGAGGUGGCAGCAGACGCAGCAGAACAAAGAGUCGGGGUUAGUUUACACAGAAGAAGAAUGGGAGCGGGAAUGGAACGAACUGCUCAAGUUGGCUUCGAGCGAACCACGCACCCAUUUCAGCAAAAAUGGAGGCACCGGUGGAGGAGUUGACAAUUCGGAAGAUCCGGUGUAUGAGAGCCUAGAAGAGUUCCACGUUUUUGUUCUAGCACAUAUAUUAAGGCGGCCGAUUGUGGUGGUUGCAGACACCAUGUUGCGCGACUCUGGAGGCGAAGCAUUUGCACCCAUUCCAUUUGGUGGGAUUUACUUGCCUUUGGAAGUCAUGCCCAACCGAUGCCAUUGUUCGCCCCUCGUCCUGGCCUACGAUCAAGCGCACUUCUCUGCCCUCGUGUCCAUGGAGCAAAAAGAUCAACAGAGGGAACAAGCGGUGAUUCCCUUGACUGACUCUGAACACAAGUUACUGCCUUUGCACUUUGCGGUUGAUCCAGGGAAGGACUGGGAGUGGGGGAAGGAUGACAAUGAUAACUCCAAGCUGGCCAAUUUGAUUCUGUCUCUGGAGGCCAAACUUAACCUUCUGCACAGUUACAUGAAUGUAACCUGGAUACGCAUACCGUCGGAAACACGGGCUCCCUUGGCUCAGCCAGAAUCCCCAACUGCGUCGGCAGGAGAGGACGUUCAGUCUCUUGCCGAUUCCAUGGACUCCGACAGAGAUUCCAUCUGCAGUAAUUCUAACGGCAAUAGUGGCAAAAACGGGAAAGAGAAAGAAAAACAACGGAAGGAGAAAGAAAAAAACCGCGCCGAUUCAGUGGCCAACAAACUUGGGAGUCUCAGCAAAACGCUGGGCAUCAAGCUAAAGAAGAACAUGGGCGGGCUCGGGGGGCUCGUGCAUGGCAAAAUGAGCCGGGCGAAUUCAGGAAACGGGAAGAACGGGGAGAUCAUCGAGAAGGUCAAAGAGAAGAAGUCCAAGUCCCGCAAGGGGAGCAAGGAGGAAUCCGGCCAGUCUGCGAGCACCUCCCCCUCCGAAAAGACCACCCCCUCCCCCACCGAAAAGGCAAGCAUCUCGCCGGUUGAAAAAAUGAUCUCCAAAUCCCCGUCGGAUAAGCAGUCGGACCAGUGGAAGUACAGCACUGACGUGAAGCUGAGCCUCAACAUUUUGAGGGCCGCCAUGCAAGGGGAGCGGAAAUUCAUUUUUGCUGGCCUCCUCCUGACCAGCCAUCGGCACCAGUUCCACGAGGAGAUGAUCGGCUAUUACUUGACCAGUGCCCAGGAACGCUUCACGGCUGAACAAGAGCAGAAGAGGAAGGAGGCGGAGAAGAAGGCCACGCUCAACGGGUCGGUCGGCCGGAAGCUGGAGCAAGAAGCCUUCUCGAAAGAGAAGCUGGAAUCAUCUCCUCAGGGAAGGGCAUCACCCGUCUUGCCUCAAAGCCAUACGACUCCACUGGUUUUAAAGUUCAAAGACCGCACUAGUCCCAUGCUGGGGUCAUUUUCCUCACCGAGCAACAGCGCCAAGAGAAGCGGACCCAUCCCGGUAUCUGCCCACUAUAGCCAUACGCCCCCCGUUCAACGGCAGAGUGUCAUCCACUUGCAUGACGUCAACUCCAAGCCAUCCAGCUUCCAAGACGAUACCUACAAGCCAGUGGUCGGUACCUUAAAAACGUGUGCCACGUACCCCCAACAGAACCGGUCGUUGUCUUCGCAGAGUUACAGCCCGGCCCGGAUAGCAGGCAUCCGCACGGUCAACACGGUGGAGUCGCUGACCUACGCCAUGCCUACGGACCACAAGUCGCAAACGUAUACCAACGGGUUCAAUACCAGCGACAUCCGAGACUGCUUAGAAUACGCCGACGAGGAGGCCCCUCAGACCUGGUUAAACAAUGACAAAAACCGAGGCCGGAGCACCGUUUGCCCCAUCUAUUCCAUCCAGCAGAACCACUGCAAGAGGGAGAACUGCUCCUUCUACGGCCGCCCGGAGACUGACAACUAUUGCUCCUACUGCUACAAGGAGGAGAUCAAACGCAGGGAGCGAGAAAACAAGGGCCAUCGACAUUAAAGGUGGUGGCGCUCUUCCCAGGACUAUUUAUUUCCUCCAUUUUUCUUACUUGGAAAGUUUGUGUCAGUGGAUGACGGGAGGAAGAAGGAGGGAAAUCCUGCAAAAAGGGAUCUACGGGGAGAAAGGUCUACGCUUAUUUUUCUUUUCUGGGGUGAAGAAAAACAAGGAUAAUUUAUCAUAAAGAAUUUAUUGUUUUCCAUUUUGUGGUUGUCUUUUUUACAUACACUGGUAAGCUGAAAGGUUGUUUACUCCUUUUGUCAGUGCUAUGUAUAUGUGUGGUCAAAAUUUUACUAAUGGUGCCUGAAUUUACACUGACAUCACUCAGGUAGUAGAAAGAUAGGGAAAAAGUCAUAAUAACUGGAGAUGUGGUAUUGUAAUAAGAUUGUGUCUGCCUCAUUCUAUAGAGCCAUCUCGGUUAAAGAAAAAAGAAUUAACUUUUCAUAGUCCCCUCCCCUUUUGUAAAGCCGGAGGGGAGGGAAAUGGUAGUUGUGUCUUCUAACAUCCUUGCUUAGAAACAUUUGUAUGAUUUUUGUGCUCUGCGGAUACACAAAUGAAGGUCUGGAUUCAUGAGAGCAGCUUUCCCACCCCUGAAACACACACUCUUGAGUGUAUUGACGAAAGUGAGACAAAACUAUAGGAUGAAAGGCCUGUUUUUAAAUUGGCAUAUUCCCUCUGACUCUCGAAAAUAAGCACUCUUUACAAUUUAAUGGGGAGAGGUCCAUAGGAGGUGAAACAUCUGCAGCCAUGGUUUUGGACACUUGUCUUUCUGUUGCUAUUUAAUGCAGACUGCAUACUUGUGUCCUACAAGUGACACAAUGGGCCAAACCCUUGUGCCGGCUGAACUGCUGAUCUCAAGGUUGGUGGUUUGAAUCCACGAGAUGGAGUGAGCUCCCAUCUGUCAGCCCUAGCUUCCCAUGCGGGAACAUGAAUGAUGUCUCCCACAGGAUGGCAACACAUCCGGGCGUCCCUUGGGCAACGUCUUUGUAGACAGCCAAUUCUCUCACAGUAUGUUCUCAAUUUGCUGCUGAUACCAUAAAAAAAACCCUUGAGUCCUAUUGAGUUGAGUGUUUAGUUCAGCUUAGCAAUACUGUUGAUUGAAGCCACCUGAUUUAGAUAUUAAUUCUUAGAAAUUCCGGAAAGUUGGCACUAUGCAAGCAAAAUGUAAUAGUAGCCGUGUAACCUAAGGUAGAGUUGCUGCCUCUUAGCAGAGAAGGAAAAAUGACCGAUCUCUAAAGGCCUCUGGAGAAAGAGAGUCCACCCACCCACCUUAAAGCAAUAUAUCUCACUGUCAAAUAUCUCUGGACCUUACCUGGUCUGGGUUGAAUUUCAUUUCCGCAUCCCGCAUCCAUUCCAUUUCUUCAGGAUUCGUUCACCCCAAUGAUAGGAGGGCGAAGAACGAUUACAGUGUGGCUUCAUCCUAAUGACACAGAUCUGUACCCCUGCAGUCUUCCCUUUUAUUGUGACGAGAAGCCUACAUUUAGGGUCCCGCCUUUUAAUUCCUACCUUCUUUGAUAACUUUAGGUUGGGAAGAAUAUCAUCUAACAACCCUCCCUCACUUCUAUUGUAUACUUGCUUUUCUGCAUCCUUGGUUUCAAAGCAAUUGUGCCUCUUGUCAAUUGUGCGUUUUUUGCACAACGUUUAAACUGCCUCAUGUCAAAGGACAAAGCGAAGUGAGAAGGGCUCCUUGGGAUAUCCCAAGAAGAACGGAAACUAUAUACAUUUAUUUAUUUACUUAACAUAUAUUCAGCCUCCCCUUCUUUCUGGCUGAAAGCAAUAGGAAAUAUUACCAAUGUUUUAUGACAAUGCUUAAUGAAUCCAGGCGUGUCGUUUGUGUAUCUCUGAGAGGUUUACAGUAUACGUGGUCUUCUGAAUUAGGGUCUAUUCCCCUCUUCCCCUCCAAGAAACCACCCGAUGAGGUUGUUUCAUUGUAUUCAUGCCAUACGGCAGGAGUUCUGUUAUGGGAAAUCCCAGCAAGAAGGAGGACGGACGAUGUAUUUGACACUGCCUGGGCUUUGCAGUCUUCUUCUCGACCACUCAUUUUGAAGUGAGCGAAAAGGGCACCUUCCCCCCUUUUAAAGGGACUCUUCCCUUGCCCUUUCUGUGCUUCCGGUUGAGAAUUGAAAGCGCAAAAGAGAGGUGGCGAAAGGCUGCUGCUAAGUCAAUUUGAGCAGGAGCUUUGGAUGCUCCAGCUGUGAACAAUGACUCUGUUGUCUUCAUGGGUUAAGUGUAAUUGCUCAUGCAUUUUUUUUUGGCCAAAGAAAUCUGUGGUACCGGGUGGCGUUAGCUAUCAUUGUAUUUGUUACAGAGAGAGGUAAAUCAGGAAAAGCAAAUAUUAGUAACUACUAAUAUAUUUGUGUAGGAAUAGUUUUCCAUAUUCCCGUGAGCACUUCUCUAGGUGAAUUUAGGUAAAUUUGCUAUUUAUCAUUUUCGCUUCUCCCUUUUGAUUUAACUACCUUGUAGUGCAGGCAUGAGCCAACUUUGGCCCUCCAGGUGUUUUGGACUUCAACUCCCACAAUUCCUAACAGCCUCAGGCCCCUUCCUUUUACCCCUCAGCCGCUUAAGUCUAUUCUUCACUCCCUCCGUUCUCAAACCUAAUCCGGCUUCUUGGGAAAACUCCCGUUUCACAAGAGAACUGAAAAGGCUGAUGGGGAAAAGGAAAGGGCCUGAGGCUGUUAGGAAUUGUGGGAGUUGAAGUCCAAAACACCUGGAGGCUCAAAGUUUGCCCAUGCAUAGUGUAGUGGGAUAAAGCACUUUCUAAAACGAUACUUAACAAGGUAUAGGUUUUUUUUUCCAAUCAACACAAUGGUUAUGGAAACAGAUGGUGAAUCUUCCCACCAAAAGUAUUCAAAUUUGGGUGUAUUGGGUAUUUGUGCCAAAUGUGGUCCAGUGAAUGAAAAUACAUCCUGCAUAUCAGAUAUUUACAUUACGAUUAAUAACAGUAGCAAAAUGACAGUUCUGAAGUAGUAACGAAAAUAAUGUUAUGGUUGGGGGUCACCACCACAUGAGGAACUGUAUUAGGAAGGUUGAGAACCACUGGACUAAAAAGGGACUGUUGGUAAAAAUGAUACAGUUGGAGACUUCCUUCUCAUAGCAAAUUAAGUACCUUUGGAAUGGAUUCGUCUUGAGGGAUAUUUGUCUUCAUUUUUAAAGCCUUGAAACACGUUUUGCUUGUUUGAAAUCUCUCUUGUUCAUGUCCCCCCCCCCCCCUCACCGCUCCGUCUUUCUCUCCUGCUCUCUCUCGUUCUCAUCUUUGCUCCUCUUUUGCUCUCUCUGUUUGGUUCUGUGUUUCUUUCUUGCUUGUGCCAGUGAUUAGUGAAUUGGUCACUUGGUGGUAGACAAUUCAACAUGUAAAGGGCUAAGGGUUCACGGGAGGUGAUUUCCAAGUCAGGAUAGGGCAGGGCUGUGCAAAAAAUAAGAAGGAAAAGAAAAGGGAAUUCGGCACUUCACCAAAUAUCGGCGCCGUCCAUCAAGGUGUUGUACAAACCAGAAUCUUGUUGGGCUCGGCCUGUUGUUUGGUGCGUCAGAAAUACAAAGAUGGAACAGUGGUUGAAUGUAAUGUGUUGCUAACUGUUCUGGAGAAAACGGAUGUAUGUACAAAUGGAAAAAAAAAGAGAGAGAAUGUUUUAUGGUUAUAAUAAAGUAUACAUGUAUACUGCUAAUAGUCAUGGGGAAAAGGUAUAAAGAUGUAUGGAGGGGAAAGGCUGUUUUGCUUGAAUUGUUAAAAUCAUCAAUCCAAGAAAAUAUGCAAAAAUGUUUUUGACCUUUCUUCUGUGGAAACCAAGGGUCUAGGGUUAUGAAGAGAACAGUAUAUAAUAUAUAGGCAUUCCCACACUUUGUAAUAAUACACUUAAAAGAAGUAUUUAAAAAAGGGCUAAUGAAUGAAUAAAACGUGAUAUACUUGUGUUUACAGAUAAUGUGUGUUGUGUAUCGGGUGGGGUUGGGUUGAGUUGAGUUGGGUUGGGUUGAAGCAGGUUGAAGUAAGCCACUGCAAGCAAAAAUUCAGAAUUGUCAGUAGAAGUCUUUUCUGUGUUGUCGAAGGCUUUCAUGGCCGGAAUCACUGGUUUGUUGUGCAUUUUCUGGGUUGUAUGGCCAUGUUCCAGAAGCAUUCCCUUCUGAUAUUUUGCCCACACCUGUGGCAGGCAUCCUCGGAGUUUGUGAGUUUUGUUGGAAAACUAAGCAAGGGAGGUUUAUAUAUCUGUGUAUAUCCCUUGCUUAGAUAUAUAAACCUCCCUUGCUUAGUUUUCCAAUAUACCUUACAACCUCUGAGGAUGCCUGCCAUAGAUGUGGGCGAAACCUCAGGAGAGAAUGCUUCCAGAACAUGGCCACACAGCCCGGAAAAUGCACAACAACCCAGAAGUCUUUUCUGUUCAUAAUACACAGUCCCAAGUUGAAUUGGUUCCUGACUGCUGUUCUUUCAGUACAAGGCCAGGAUGUUUUCUUACUCUUCUGAAAUCCAAAGAUCAUGCAAACUCCUAUUUCUAAUCCCACUUGAAUUCAGAUCCACGGCAAAUUCACCACCUUAGAGAAGGGAUAUUUUAAUGUGGAGAGUCCAUAAUUUUGGACUGUGACUCUUGGUCAGCAAGGCCUUAUGGUAGGUUUGUCUUAGGGUUGCUAUGAAUUGGGAUGUCUUGAAGGCCCACAACAACAGCAAUGCAAUAUGGCACGGAUUGUUCAUGCCUUGUUUCCGAAAGCAUGUUUGCAAUAUGGAGCCCUCGCCUCGUGGCUCUUACUCUGCACUUACUUUAUGUCUGCAACAGACAUGCGCUAGCCUUCCCAUGUUACAUGACGAUUGGCAGGCACAAGCACGUCUUUCACGAUGUGAAUUGUACAGGAGAAAUAACGGAGUCCAACCUGUGCAUUUAACUCUCUGCAUAGAGUGGGCCAACUGAGCCUUAUGAGAACCCCAGGUCUCCCCUUUUUUGUAUCCCUUAAUGGCUACAAUGUUAUACUUGGAAAUCCUUGCUUGAAGUUCAGAAUCAGAGAGAGGUAUCUGUAUAACUUUGUGCCACCAUGCACUGUGACUGGAACAUCCAGAAUUAUUUAUGCAGACUAAAUCAGGAGGGCUUAAGGGUGCGUCUACACCAGGCAUGGGCAAACUUGGGCCCUCCAGGUGUUUUGGACUUCAACUCCCACAAUUCCUGGCCUCAUGCCCCUUCCUUUUCUCCCUCAGCUGCUUAAGUCUAUUCUUCACUCCCUCCAUUCUCAAACCUAAUCUGGCUUCUCGGGAAAACUCCCAUUGCACAAGGGAACUGAAAAGGCUGAGGGGGGAAAGAAAAGGGCCUGAGGCCAGGAAUUGUGGGAGUUGAAGUCCAAAACACCGAGAGGGUCAAAGUUUGCCCAUGCCUUGUCUACAUUGUAGUUUGAUGCCACUUUAACUCUUGCGGCUCAGUGAUUGUAGUUUUCCAAGAUCUUUAGCCUUCUCUGCCAAAGAGUGCUGGUGCCUCCCCAAACUAUAAAUCCUGGGAUUCCAUCACAUUGAGCUGAAGCAAUUCAGGUGGCGCCAAACUGCCUUGACUUCACAUUGCAGAUGCACCUUUAGAAAUUAUUUGCAAAUCUAUUCCGUUGUAUGUGUGUGUGUAUACAUAUAUAUAGGUGUGGGGCCACAGUUGCUCAGUGGGUUAAACCGCUAAGCUGGAGAACUAGCUGACCGGAAGGUUGGCGGUUCAGAUCCAUGGACAGGGUGAGCUCCUAUUGUUAGCCCCAGCUUCUGCCAACCUAGCAGUUGGAAAACAUGCAAAUGUAAGUAGAUCAAUAGGUACCUGCUAAGCCUGGCCCCUCCAAGGAAGCCAUGUGAGCUUCUACUCAAGAAAACCCACAUUUAAGACACAUCAGAGUCCGAAUGUCAUUCAUUUCCGUCUUCCAAAUUAUCAAUAUUCCCAAAAAUGUAGAAAGUAUGCGCCUGUGACUGGAUUCGGACUUAGUAAAAUGUCAAUUAUGGCCAUUCAAAUCAAUGGAGCCAAUUGCAGUAGGAAACACACAAAGGGGAUGUGCAUGUUCUUAUGGUGACGGAGCAAAAGAGGAAAGAAAUCAGCAUCUGACCUUGAUUGUAAGUGGCUUUUCAGCUCAGAGGACAUUUCAAACUUCCUUGCAGUGUACAACUGUGCUCUUCUUUAUUUGAAAAGCCUGGCAACUUUUGUAGACUGAAUUGCCAAAUAGAAUAAUACGGUUAGAAGACAUUUAAAAAAAAUAACUUCGGUAUAAACUUGUUUUGCACAUUUUGCUUUCCUCUGUGUACAUGAUUGUGUUCUUUUUAAAACAAAAAAACAAAGGAAAGAAUAGUAUAUUGGGUUCUUUUUUAAAAAAAAUGGGAAAAAACACAAAAAUCCCCAAAAGAAAAGUUGUUUUGUAAGUGUGUUCUGUUUGUAGACAUAACGAGGCUGUAUUAUGUUGGAAAUUUUUUCCAAGCCAAGUUUAAAUUAUGAUAUAGAAAUUAUUUUUAUAUUAUUUUCAAAAUAAUGCUACAAAAAAGCAAUAUUUUGCGCCUUUAUUAUAGAAUCGUCGUCAUUUUAGUAGGUUGGCGUGGGAAAUGUGGUAGUACUAACCGUGUGAAGAAAGCUUUGUAAAUGUUCCGAAUACACUCUGAAUGCUCUUUAUCUGUGUAUGCCAAUGUUUAUUGAAGGCUGGAAUACAGAAUGAUUUUUACUGAAAA